UCCGCUGGCUUCCUUCCCCAUUUCCUCGCAUCGGCAUCCUCUUGCUUCACACGCGCAACGCCAGAUUUCUGUUUCUUUCUUUUAAUUUAAUUUUGGGCGGUCUUUCUGUCUGGUCGGCGGCGGCGGGGCGAUGGAGACGGCGGCGGCGGCGAUGCUCGAGGCCGGGGUGGGGCGGUUCUCGCGGGCGCCGGCGCUGGCCGCGGCGCUGCUGGCCGAGAUGUGGGCGCCGCUGGCCGUGGCGCUGGCGGCGCUGGCGACGCUGCCCAGCCUGCUGCGCCGGCUGCAGGUCAUCGUGCUGCGCCUGCGGUCGCGCGGCAAGGAGGCCAUCCAGUCGCACAUCGGCACCUACUACUCCUCCGGCGACGAGGAGGAUGACGAAGAUGACGACGAGGAGGAGGAGGGCUCCGACGAGGCGGACACCACCAGCUCCUCGGGCGAGGAGGAGGAGGAGCGGGACUUGGAGCGGAUCGGAUUCUACGACGGCGCGGCGGUCGACGGCGGGUUCCCCUGGGGCGGCGCCGUGGUCCGGACCUGGCCGGGCCUGCCGCGCGCCUUGUCCGGCGGCUUCUGCGGAGGGAGCGCGAGGCCGCCGGCUCCCCUGGGCGGCGGCGGCCCCGCGGUGAGGCUGUGGGGCGCCAUGACGGCCAGCGGCAGCAGCGGCGGCGAGCCGUGGUUGCCCGGCGCCGACGAAGGCGGCUGCGCGGCCGCGGAGGCGGAGGCGCCCUCGGACCAGGUGGUGGUCGGGUGGCGGCGCGAGCACGCGGCGUCCCGGCGCCGGCGGGGAGGAGGAGGUGGGUGCCGGGUGUGAAUAUGCCACAGGGCGAGCAGCUGGAGAUGCCGAUUCCCCCCCGCCGGGGCCCACCUGCCAGCAGGAGUGAUUAGUAUUUGGGGGGGGGGGGGGGGAGUGGUUAGGCGCCGCGCCGGAUUGGUGGGCUUGGUCGUUGCUCAUUGGCGAGAUGAUUUAAUAAUCUUAAAAAAAUUGCCUGUCGUUUGGGGGAGGGAAGGAAAGGGAGAAAAAAAAAACAUUGGGAGUAAGUAGUAGGUACGGGGCGCCCUGCGUGUUUGAUGAUGUUGUACACUUGUACUGGGAACGUAGCAAGAUGGGGUUAGAUCAGAAAAAAAAAUUGCAUGCUGCAGCUGCUCAUCUUCUACUGGAGAUGGACGGUAGGCCUUGCCUUGCCUUGCCGUUGCGUGUGUGUAAUCUUUCCGUACCACCGCCAUUCUUUGAUUCAUGUGGUGCUGUGAUAAAUAAGAAGAGAGAAAAAAGGAAAAUGGUGAAA